GUCGACCGACAACGAUCGAGUUGCAAUUUGGGCUGCGGAGAAAAUAUUUCCCGUGUAUAAAAGCGGAACCAAUUGUUCUAGACAGUAUCAUUCGAUCCUUGUCAGUCCUUACUCAACUAUUCUCCAGAAUUCAUCACAAUGGCGUUCAAAUUCGUCCUUUUGGCCACGCUGGUCGCUGCCGUUAGUGCCGGAGUCAUCCCACAAUACGGAUACGCCUCAUCGCACCAGACUGUCCAGCAGCAUCACACCCCAUCUUAUCACUCGGUCGCUGCUCCAGUGCACCACGUGGCUGCUGUUCACGCUGCCCCAGUUCAUCAUGUUGCUGCCAUUCAUGCCGCUCCAGCCCAUCACACCAUCGUGAAGGAAGUCGAGCACCACGCCCCGGCCAAUUACGAGUUCGCGUACUCUGUCCACGAUGAGCACACCGGAGACAUCAAGAGCCAACACGAAACCCGCCACGGAGAUGAGGUCCAUGGACAGUACAGCCUGUUGGAUUCCGAUGGCCAUCAUCGUGUUGUCGACUAUCAUGCCGAUCACCAUUCCGGAUUCAACGCCGUCGUUCGUCGGGAACCAACCCACGUCAAGGUCGCCCAGCCAGUGCACAAGGUCAUCGCUCAGCCAGUGCAUGUUGCCCAUGUUGCUCCAGUUGCCCACCAUCAGCUGUCCCAUCACCAGAUUGCCCCAGUUGUCCACGCCACCAGCAGCCAUCAUGGGCUGUCCCAUUACAGCACCGGACAUCAUUACUAAGCUUGCUCCUACUAAUGUAGGUCGGGAACAAUUUAUCUCAACUGAUCGAAUAGGUACCUGCUGUCGAUAGUUACGUAUACAUAGUUAAAUGAAUUGUUAAUGACAACAAAUAAACCAUAGAUUCUUUGAAUCUGUAAAAUUCA